AUGGCCGAUGUAUUCAAUGAUUCAAUUGCUACAUCAUCCAAUCUUCAAUGGUUUAUCAAUACUUCCACAAUUAUACCGAGCGAAAUUUAUACCAGAAUUGGACCAAAUCAGCCAAUUAAUCCUAAUCCUAAUGUUAAUGUCAAACCUUCCAAUAGUAAUGAUGGCAUACCAUCAGAUACGUUGUUACUAAUCAUACUCAGCUCUAUUUUAGCUGUUACUAAUAUUGUAACAAACAUUUUAACAUUAGCCUUAAUCUUAACACGACGACAUCUUCGAACUGUGGCUAAUACUAUCAUUGCUAGCAUGUUCGUCUGUCAUUUAUUUUAUUCCUUUUUCUAUACUAUUCCUUAUGUUGUUUUUAAAAGCCUUGAAAUGACCGGUCGCCCCAGACUCAGCCAUGCCAGCAAUAUUUACUGUCAAAUGCUUAUCUUUGUCCUUCCUAAUGUCUUCUCUGUAAAUAUGAAUUUUCAUAUUUGCGCUAUCGCUAUGGAACGGUUUAUAAGCAUUUCGGCACCAUUUUGGUACCAAGAUGUUAUCUUAAACUGGAAAAGUAUCGUAUUUGUCACUGCUGGGCUUAUAUGGUUAUUAUCACUUUUGAUUGGGUUCUAUCCCUAUCUUGAUGGUCUCUAUAUCUGGCAACCACACGCUUGUGUUCCAGGUGUAGAUCCUGCAACAGCUCGAUAUUUAAUUCCGUGGAAUAUCUUUAUUACAGUAUUUCGAUCUGCUCUUCCUCUUGUAUUUAUAUGCAUAUUUUAUUGGAGAAUCUAUCGUAUUGCUAAGCGAAAAACGAUUGAAUUAGUAAAUCCUCAUCCAAAUAGCCCAAGGCAAACUGGUAGUGCGUAUAAGGCUGCCAAAGUGAUUGCAGUCAUUAUUGGUGUUUUUAUUGUUUGUAAAUUACCAAGGGAUAUAACUAAUUUAAUUCGUACAUUUGAUCAUAGCAUUGGAAGACAGGAGAUCUUACAAAGAUUGCGAUAUUGGUGUGAAUUUGUUGGCAUUAACCUUAGUUCGUCAAUUAAUCCUUUAUUGUAUACCUACUUGAAUAAUUCAUUCAGAAAGGAGCUGAAAUUAUUAAUUCGACGCUACAAAAUCAGAAGAGAUAGAUCCUAUUUGUCAACGAAAGAAAAACCAACUCAAGCAAGACGUAGAAUACGCUCCAGCAAGAAAGCUGAGUCUGUGCUCUUAAAGAAACAAAAUAAAGCCAGUAAUUAUGAAAUUGCCACUGGCAGUUAUCAAAAUGGAAGCUUAAAAACGACGGAUAUUAUCGUCAACCGAACCAGCACUACUUUUAGAUUGGAAAAAUCACAAUCAUCUACCAAUAAAUUUUCAACUCAGGAAAAGAUUUAUGCUCAAUAUGACCUAUUUCUUAAUAAUAAUCAUCCUCUAGAUCAUCAUACAAGUGAUGACUAUUUCGGUUUAGAGAACAACUAUCAUUGUGAAACCGUAGUCUAA